UUUGUUUUAUCAGGUUAGUUGCGUCAUAAUCAGAAAAACCGGGAAAAGCAGAUUAUUUCUGAAGAGUUAAUUCCACUCAGCACAAUCCAGUCACUGUUUUGGUCUGUAGUUCACACUUUUCUUUUUUGUGUUGACCUCCAAGUACGUGCAACAGCAUGUGUCCAAACAUCGGGUUGCAUUCUCCAUCAGCCGGACAGAUAGAAGUUUUAUCCCCUCCAGCACCACAGGGACAAGCUCUGGUUCAGCUUUCGCACAGCUAAUCCGAACCCCGCAGGAGCUCUGAUUCCGGGUCAAAUUCACAGCCCCGUUACCUACGGAAGUUUGUAGUGAGAGUCAACAUGCCAGACAACAUGCAAAUAAGCCUGGAGAGCAAGGAGAAGCGUUACUGCAUUCGAGGCAAACAUGCAGCCAUCAUCUGUGCAGCUGUGGUGGUUUGCUCCUUGGCUGUGGGUUUAGGGGUUGGCCUCACUAGAACCACCUCCUCCCCACCAGCCCCCACAGCAGCCCCCACAGCGGCCCCCACAGGAGAACCUACAGAGCCCCCUCCAUCGGACAGAGGACCCUGUCUGCCUUCGUCCGACUCCAGUGGGGACUGGAAGAAUUUCCGUCUGCCUGACUACGUGAAACCGAACCACUAUGACCUUCACCUGGAGCCGGACCUGGACAGCGACACCUACACGGGAACAGUGGACAUCCAGGUGGAAGUCAGUAAACCCACCCAUCACCUGUGGCUGCACAUCAGGGAGACGUUUGUCAGCGCCAUGCCCAGGCUGAAGGUGCAGGACAGCCAGGGGGGGCAGAGGGAAGUGGGGGUCAAACGCUGCUUUGAAUACAAAUCUGAGCAAUAUGUGGUGGUGGAGGCCAUGGAGGAGCUCCCCAUCACCGGCCCAGGAGAGGUGUACGUGCUCAGUCUGGACUUCCAGGGCUGGCUCAAUGGAUCUGUGGUGGGAUUCUAUCGGGUCAUCUACACAGAGGAGGGGGUGACCAAGAAGAUUGCUGCAACAGAUCACGAGCCUACAGAUGCCCGGAAGUCAUUCCCCUGCUUUGACGAACCAAACAAGAAAGCCACCUAUAAUAUCUCCAUCACUCAUGACAAGAGCUAUGGCGCUCUUUCCAACAUGCCACCUGAGGGUCCACCUGAAGAACUGUCUGGGAAUAAAUUAAAAACGUCCUUCGAGAAAUCUGUUCCAAUGAGUACCUACUUGGUUUGUUUUGCUGUCCACCAGUUUGGCUUUGUGGAAAGGAUCUCUGCCAGUAAUAUUCCUCUGAGGAUCUACGCCCAGCCCAGCCAGUUAGCGACUGCAGAAUACGCAGCAAACACAACAAAGAUAAUCUUUGACUACUUUGAGGAAUAUUUCAACAUGUCAUACUCCAUCUCCAAACUGGAUAAGAUAGCCAUCCCUGACUUCGGUACUGGCGCCAUGGAGAACUGGGGGCUCAUCACCUACAGGGAGACCAACCUGCUGUACGACGAGAAAGAGUCUUCCUCCUUAAACAAGCAGCGGGUGGCGAGCGUUAUCGCCCAUGAACUGGUUCACCAGUGGUUUGGAAACAUCGUCACCAUGGACUGGUGGGACGACCUCUGGCUCAAUGAGGGCUUCGCCAGUUUCUUCGAGUACAUCGGCGUGGAGAAGGCCGAGCCGUCCUGGGGCAUGAGAGACAUCAUGAUCAUCAGCGACGUGCUCCCUGUCAUGGUGGACGACGCCCUCCUGUCCUCUCAUCCGAUCAUCGUGGACGUGUCCAGCCCGGCGGAAAUCACCUCUGUGUUUGAUGCCAUCUCCUACAGCAAGGGAGCGUCUGUUCUCCGUAUGCUAGAAGACUGGAUGGGAAGAGACGCGUUCAGAGAUGGCUGCAGGAAAUAUUUAAAGGACUUCUGCUUCAAGAACGCCAAAACAGCUAACUUCUGGGCUUCACUGGCUGAAGUGAGCAAAUUACCGGUUGCAGAGGUGAUGGACACAUGGACCAAACAGAUGGGUUAUCCUGUCGUAAAUCUCGCCGUCUCAGAGACGGACGCCAAACUGACCCAGGAGCGUUUCCUCCUGGACCCAUUAGCGAACCCCAGCGAGCCAGCCUCACCUUUUCUAUACAAGUGGACGAUCCCGGUCACAUGGUACUCUGUGAAAAGUGACAGGAUCGUGGAGGUGAUGUUUAACAAGGACUCUGCAGUACAUGUCAUCGAUAGUUAUUCGCCCGCAGAAGAUGGACUGCUAAAGAUAAAUAACGACCACAUCGGAUUCUACAGAGUCAACCAUGAAGACCACAUGUGGACCACCAUCAGCCAGCAGCUCCAGGCCAACCACACUGUAUUCGAUGCUGCUGAUCGGGCGAGCUUCAUCGAUGACGUUUUUGCUCUGGCGAGGGCUGAUAUUGUAGAUUACGGCAAUGCGUUCAAUCUCACAAAGUACCUGGAGGGAGAGUCGGCGUACAUCGUGUGGAGUCGUGUGGCCUCGUCCAUCGCCUACGUCUGGGACAUGAUGUCCACCAACAAGGAACUGAACCAGAUGUUUCAGAAACUGUUUCGCAACCUGGUUAAUCCGAUCGCGACUCAGGUCGGGUGGACAGAUGAGGGCUCACAAACAGAAAGGUUGUUGAGGGAAAGUGUCCUCAGCAUUGCAUGUCAGAUGGGAGAUGAAGCUGCUCUGAAUGAAUCAUCCAAACUGUUUGACCAGUGGAUAGCCCAGACCACCAGCAGCGUCCCCGUGAACCUGAGGCUGCUGGUGUACCGCUACGGCAUGAAGAAGUCUGGCAGCCCGGAGAAGUGGAACGAGAUGUUUCAAAGGUACAAAAGCUCGACUCUGGCUCAGGAGAAGGACAAGCUUCUGUACGGACUGGCGUCGGUGGAGAACGUGGAGCUCCUGAACAAUCUUUUGGAGGCCACCAAAGAUGAGAACGUAGUGAGGAGUCAGGAUCUGUUCACCGUGGUGCGGUACGUGUCGUACAACCCGCUGGGUCGGCAGAUGGCCUGGGACUGGACCACGUUAAACUGGGACUACCUGGUCAAGAGAUACACCAUCAACGACAGGAACCUCGGCCGGCUGCCCAAUCGGAUCACGACCACCUUUAACACGGAGCUGCAGCUGUGGCAGAUGGAGAACUUCUUCAAACUGACCCCAGAUGCCGGCGCCGGAGAGAUGCCCCGGCAGCAGGCGCUGGAGACGGUGAGGAACAACAUCGAAUGGAUCCGGAGAAACCAGGCUGAGAUCAGAGCGUGGCUGGAGAGCAACGUUGUCUAAAAAUGGGACCAGCAGAACCAGAACCCGGUCCGCUGGGUUCUGCAGCAACAGCGAUGCUGAGUUUAGUCUGUCAGUCUGGGAUGGACGUUUACCCCCAGCAGAAGAAAGACUCUUGAUUUUGUUGCUCAUUACCGAGGAAUUAACCAAGCCUUUUUUUUAUGUUUGUUUUCUGCAUUUUCCUCAAAAACAUUUGAGUAAAACACACAAACCAUCAGCUUGUGAAAGAAAUGGUUAAAAUAUUCAAUGCGUGUAAUUAUUUAUAAUUCAUUUUUAUUUAAUUCUGGUAAUGUGUGUAUUUGGAACCAGAGUGGCCAACAACAGGUAUCAGAUUUUGGAUUCAUUAAAUGCUCUGAUCAUGAAAUAAAUGCUUUGAUUGUGAUACCUGAUUUUAGAUUAGACAGAAACCAUCUAACUUUAGACCAGGAUUUUGCAGUUUUUCCAUUAUUUUCAUGGAAUAAUUGCACUGAAUUUCCAUAACAGAAUGGCACUUAAAGUACCAGUAAUAAUUGUUAGAUGUAUUUCUUUUUACUAAGUUGGAAACAAUAUAGGC